GCUGACAUUUUGUUUCCAAUCCCAUCAGGAGAAAAACUAAUGUGCGUUCGUCGUCGUUCCCGUAGCACUUAUUUUUCGAUUCAUAUUGUGCAUGGACACAUAUUUGCCAACUAAAUUUGUGUAGCCUAAACCAUUUGUAUUCAUUGCAAUCAGUGCUUGUCUGUAGUGCCGGAAGGAAACUGUGAUCAAAGUUUCGUAGCAAUGCCAAGAGGAAAAUACGUUAACCACAAGGGAAGGAAUCGUCACUUCACCAGUCCCGAAGAGCUCGAAGCCGAACGGGCAAAUGAGGCAAAGAAAAAGUGGAGAAAUACCCAGGAGAAGUCUUCCGGGGACGAAGAAGAUGAGGAGGAGGGAAGUGCGGAGGGUAGUGACGAUUCUGAGGAGGAAUCCGAAGAAGAGGCAAAGGGAGCUGGAGCAUUAAUAGAUAUACAGAAUCCGAAUCGCCAGACAAAAAAAGCUUUCGUAAAGGCUACAGAGGUGGAGGAAACUGACGCACCCCAGCUUUCUCGCCGGGAACGGGAGCAAAUAGAAAAGCAGAAAGCACAAGCUGCCUACAUGAAACGGCAUGCUGAAGGUAAAACUUCACAAGCCAAGGCAGAUCUGGCGCGCUUGGCCAUUAUUAAACAACACCGGGCAGAAGCGGCCGCUCGUCGUGAAGCUGAGAAAAAGUCGAAAGACAGCAAGUAAGCUACAAAAUUGGACCCGUAGUGUAAAAUUCGAAAGACGUGUAGCUGGAAACUAGAAUAGACUAUAUAAUGAAUUUCUGAUGCGAUUGAAAAUAUCACAUACAUUUCAAUUUCCCAUUAAAAGGCUAAAAAUUUAAUUCGCAUGCAUUGGUAAAUGCAAUUAAUUGAAAUAACUACGGCAACCGAUUUUUGCAGGAUGUUCAAAAAUAUAUUAGAAAACGGAACAAAGAGAACCCCAGUUGGCAACAGAAACAUUAUAUAGGAAAUUAUAAAAUAAUAUUUGUUAUAGGGCACUCAGCCAGCACUGAUUCGGAUGAGCAAAACUGGUAACUAUAAAUUGCACUCUAUGGAACAUUUAAAAUACUGCUUCGGAACGACCGUAUGCACACAACUGACCACAGCAAAGUAAAUCGGAUGUUUAAUAAAAUUGCGACUAGGCAGAUUUUUCAAUGUG